UUUUGAAUUUCAAACACUCACCACACUUCUCUGAAUCAGCAAAGAACGCAAUGGUGAGACCGGUAAAUUGUGUACAUUUGUUAUUAUUCGUAUUAUGUGUCAUACCAUGUUGCUGGACAUAUCAAGUGCCCAAAGCCGACAUUGUGGUCUUCUAUCCCAAAGGUUUUGAGGUAUCUAUACCACACGAGGAGGGCAUAACACUUUUUGCGUUUCAUGGCAAAUUAAAUGAAGAAAUGGAUGGUUUGGAGGCUGGCACUUGGGCUCGUGAUAUUGUAAAACCUAAAAAUGGACGUUGGACAUUUCGUGAUCGCAUUACUAAACUAAAAUUGGGUGAUACCUUGUAUUACUGGACCUAUGUCAUAUACAAUGGUUUGGGCUAUCGUGAAGAUGAUGGUGUCUAUGUAGUGCAGCAAUAUUUGAAUGGAACAGGCAACGCAGUCACGGAUACACCAUCAAUGACCACUGCUAGUCCCCAGUGUAUGUCAACUGUAACUAUGGUAAAUGGAGCACCAGUACGCUGUAGUGGCCAAAUUAUAUUUGAAGAACAAUUUGAGGGUCGCAAUUUGAAUGCCAAAAAAUGGACGGUGGAGAGGCGUAUACCCCAACAACCUGACUAUGAAUUCAAUAUGUAUCUUAAUGAUGUGGCAGACGUUUUGAAAGUUGACAAUGGAAAAAUAACCAUAACACCCAAACCCACUAGUGUACAUUAUCAGAGUGAUGUACUUAAGAAAACUUUUUCAUUGGGUGCCGCAUGCACGGGUAAAGUGGACACCGAUGAAUGCGUGUUUCAUCCUAAAAUUCAGAAUAAAUUAAAUCCCUUCAUAACAGCACAAAUUAAAACGAAAGAUAAGUUUUCCUUUAAAUAUGGCAGAGUGGAGAUAAAAGCUAAAAUGCCUGCUGCCAUGUGGGUGUAUCCUCAAUUAUGGUUGGAGCCCUCAAAGCUUGUCUAUGGCGGCAAUCAGUAUCAUUCGGGUCAAAUGCGUGUGGCUCAUGCUAUAGCCAAUGGUGAUCAGAUAUCUUUGCAAGGCGGUUUAAUAUUAAAUGCCAAUGAACCCUGGCGUUCUGCAAAAAUGUGCCAAUGUAAUCAUAAAGAUCUAAAUUUGUCGCACGACUUUCACCUGUACGAAUUAACCUGGACACCCGAUUUAGUAGCCGUUGCUGUGGACGGUCAAGAAUACUGUCGCUUGGAGAUUACAAAUGAAGCUCAAGCUUUUAAAAAUCUUGUAAUGUCUGGCAAAUCUUUGCCAAAUCAGGAUCUUUUGAUGGGAGGUUCCCGGUGGGCCCCCUUCGAUCAGGAAUUCUAUUUGACUUUGGGCUGUGGCGUAGGUGGUAAUAAUGACUUUAAGGACGAAAUCGAAUGGAAGGAAUCAAAACCUUGGUCCAAUACUGAUCCACGUUCGAAGAAUAAAUUUUGGAACAAAUAUGGCGGCAAUUUAAAUUGGCUGAAUAAUGGUGAUUUGAAAGUGGAGUUUGUGAAAGUUUAUUCAGUGUGAUUGGAAUGAAAUGUUUGUAAUUUUUUAACCAAUAAAUAUUUGAAAUACUCGAAAAUACAUAUAUAAAAUAAA